AUGGCAUUUCCGUCCGCCGAUCAAGCAUGCAAGGAGUGCCGGAGGCGGAAAGCCAAGUGCAACCGGGCGAUUCCGACAUGCAACUUGUGCGUAAAGUACCGCCGGCACUGCCUAUAUGAGAAGCACGCCCGCACCCCGUUGACAAGGAAACACCUCACAGAAGUAGAAGAGAGGUUGGAGCGGGCCGAAGCAAUCAUCACACAGAUGAGAGCGUUGAUGCCAGCCCAGCUGAGAUCAGGAUCCGUGCUACCUAGCCCGAGAAACCUGGAAACACCGGUGCCAAGAGGUGAUGAAGAGUCCUUUGACUUCUCAAAGCUGGACACACCGGCGCCAACGGAUCCGGCUCCCCUUCCGUCUUCCCUUCCGGCCCUCGCAGCAGCCGUAGGGCCCGAUCCACUUCCACAAUGUGAAGGCGUCUAUCCUGACCCGUCACAGCCAUUUCAACCAUCACCGGCACCCCAGAAUCAUGUCCCGUCUUUAGUCCCACCAUCCUCCAACAUAAGACCCGAUCCCCCACGGGCUCCAAGAACUACUCAACACAAACCCUAUAAUGACACAUCCCACAGAGACCUCAACCUCCUCGAGGCUCAUCCCACAGACGACUUCGAAUGGGACGAACAAGAGACCCUAACAAACUAUUCAGCGUCCCCCGAAGCCAUCCUCGAAGCCGACUUGAACGGCGAAGUAAUCGCAGACCCAAUCGCAGACGGCAUGGCCUCACUAGCCGUCAGCGAAAGAGAAUCAGGCUACCUUGGCGUCGCCUCCGGCGCAGCUCUCCUCCGUCUCCUAGAACCAUCAACGCCAAGACGAAGAACCCAAUCCUCCUCCUCAAGACCAGGAGGAGGAGGGACACUGGCUCACCACCAACAACACAUCGUCAACCCACCCAUCACGCAGCAGCCGGAUCCCAACAGACACAUCACAGACGCAAUGAUCGACGCCUACUUCCGCCUCUACCACGUAAGCUACCCCAUCAUCCACGAAGCCACCUUUAGAGCGCAGUACGCCGGCGUCAUCCCCCGCCCCAGCGGCGACUGCUGGCUCGUCCUGGCCUACACCGUCGCCGCCAUUGGCGUCUACACCACGGCCGCGAACCUCGAUAACCUCGACACCUCGCUCUUUGCGCAGGCCCGCUCGAUCCUGUCCUUCAACUUCCUCGAGGUGGGCAACCUGACGCUCGUCCAGGCGCUCACCCUCAUCUCCAAUUACCAGCAGAAGCGGGAUAAGCCGAAUUCUGGGUACAACUACCUCGGUCUGGCCGUGCGCAUGGCCAUGGGCCUGGGUCUGCAUAAAGAGUUCCAGGGGUGGAAUAUCUCGCCUCUGAAUAUGGAGAUUCGACGGCGGGUGUGGUGGUCUCUGUGCGUAUUUGAUGUCGGGGCAACAAUCACGUUCAGCAGGCCGUCCGUCUGGCCAUACGAAGGCGUCGAGGUUUCGUUACCAUUAAACGUCGACGACAAGUCAUUGACCGCCAUCUCAAAAUCAUACCCCCCAGAAACAGACGGCAUCACCCCCUACACAGCCGUCCGAACACAAGCAAGCUUCCACAUCGCCACAACACCAAUCUACACAAGGGUAAUCUCCAAGCCUCUCCCCUCCCCAGACGAGAUGUUACGCCUCGACCAAGACCUUCUCGAGCCGUGGCUAGCAAGCUUCCCGUUCUACUUCUCCUCCACGAGCCACGUGCCGCCAAAGUACGCCCUCGCCCACGCCGUCAUGAACUGGCGGUACAGAAACCUCCGCAUCAUUAUGUACCGCCCCUUCGUCAUCCGUCGAGCCCUUCAAGCCCGCGACCGCCGACCCGACGACUCACCGGAUAACGUCCGCGCCUUUAAAAAGUGCCUGGCGGAAGCCAAGGCGACAAUCACCAGCAUCAGUGAGUUCUGGCAACGGAACGAGCACAAUCGUUUAGGUGCCUGGUAUGCCUUAUACUUCCUCUUUCAAGCCGCCCUCAUACCCUGUAUAUGCCUCCGCAACGACCCAGCAUCCCCCAACGCACGAGACUGGCGGGAGCAAAUCACGACCACGACACGCUGUAUAGCCGCCCUCGCCCCCGUGAACUCCAGCUCAUCUCGCUGCUAUCAAGUCAUCAUCGACCUCUGCGGCCGGUUUCUAGGCAGCAAUGACGUUGCGAUGCCCGUGGCCCCAGCCUCGGCGGCUCAGGCAGGUUCUGCCACGUCUCCUAGCUUUGAGGCCAAUACUGCACAAGCCUCGGCUCCUGAACCCAUAGAUGAGAGCCCCCAGACCCAGAUUAACAGCGUAUUUUCCAUGAUGUGGCCCAACGUACCUCCCUUGGAGGCCGCCGACGUUGUCGUGGGCGACGACGCGUGGAUGGAGUUUCUCAAGGGAGGGACAAGUGGUGAUGGUGACGGGAUGUGGUUCGGUAGCUAG